UAAAAUCGUUUUUGUUGAAUCUGCAAGUCCCCAACGCUUCAAUGCCUCACUCAAAUUCUGAUUCGGGUAUGGCAUCUCCUGCUCCUCAUCCAAAAAAGAGACUAUGCCCCUUCCCUCUUCUUUUAUCUUCUUUGUUUCCCGUACUGGCAGCUAUGCUUGUCUACCAGCUUGAUCCAUUCGAUCCAGCUCCUUUGCCCAUCCACAAGUUGGGUCAGGCAGCCAUGUCUGUGUCGUUGCGCAACGAUCGCAUGCUGCAAGGUGCAGAGUUCGUGGGCGCAGGGGAGUUGCUAGGACCAGAAGACAUUGCAUAUGAUUCCAAGUCGCACCUCAUUUACACCGGCUGUCAGGAUGGGUGGAUCAAGCGAGUUAGAUUGCACCACGCAAAUUCAGCAGUGGAAAAAUGGGUUAACACCCACGGUAGACCGCUAGGAGUGGCUCUUGGCCACAAUGGGGAAGCUAUCGUGGCUGAUGGUUAUAAGGGAUUGCUGAAUAUAAGCAGAGAUGGUGAGGUGGAGGUGCUAACGGAGGAGGCUGAUGGGUUGAAAUUCAAGCUUGCAGAUGGAGUAGAUAUAGCUGACAAUGGCAUGAUAUACUUCACCGACGCUUCCUACAAAUAUAGCAUGGAAGAUAGCGUUUGGGACGUGCUAGAGGGUAAGCCACAUGGGCGGCUUAUGAGCUUCGAUCCUGUUACCAGAAAAACCAGGGUGUUAGUCACCCAUCUUUACUUUGCUAAUGGAGUUGCUGUGUCACCACGUCAAGAUUCUCUAAUCUUAUGUGAAACCACAAUGAGAAGAUGUAGAAAAUAUUACAUAGAGGGCAACAAACAGGGAGAGCUAGAGAAAUUUGUGGAUAACUUGCCUGGUCUGCCUGAUAAUAUUAAAUAUGAUGGAGAGGGCCACUACUGGAUUGCAUUAGCCACGGGAAAUUCGGUUGUUUUGGACUUGGCAUUGAGAUAUGCUUUCAUCCGAAAGGCCAUGGGACUGAUGGAGAAGUACAUUGGAGGAUUGUCAAAGGGGAACAAUGCAGGUGUCUUAGUAGUUGAUUUGGAAGGAAAACCGGUUGCCCACUACCAUGAUCACAAAUUAUGUUCGGUUACAAGCGCAAUCAAGAUUGGAAAUCGUUUAUACUGUGGCUCUUUUGUUUAUCCCCACAUUACCAGCCUCGAUCUGAAUCAACAUCCUGCCAGACCAACUGUGUUUGUGUGAGCAACAAAACUAGAUUUACUACAUUAUUCCCUGCCCCUGCUGCUGCAGAAUCAAAUUACAGACAUUAAUUAAUGGCUUGCCUUCUGCUAAUUUGAUUAUCAAUAACUACCUGUGGAUUUUAAA